AUGGUUGUGUUUGGCAUUGCUGAUCCAAAUGCAAACGAUGAGGUGAUGAAAUUUCAACUUGGACGUUACGUGAGUUUUUACCUAGAGAACGGCCAGCGUGUAUACUUUACGGAAGCGAACGCAGCGCAAAGAGCAGAACGACCACCAGCGACAACAUUGACAAAUUUUUUUUCAACAUGCGAAAGCGAUCCGUUCGCGAGGACUUUACUAUAUUCGGAAAUUCCACACUAUUAUACAUGUAAUGCUGCAUCAAAGAAUUUUCAAUGCAGGAAGAAAGGUGAUGCUGUUGCUGGCUUCUCUGAUGUCUAUUCGGGCCCGACAUCCUUUAAUUCCCUGCGUACUGUGGAUGGUGUACUGUGCGCCACUUUUUGGAAAGCUUGCCAAUGUUUGAAUUUGCUCGAAAAUAAUUCACAUUGGGACUUAACACUCGCUGAUACAACCGUUUCUGCACAAGAAAAUCAAAUUCGUACGUUGUUUGCGGUCAUCAUAGCCACAUGUCAUCCAUCGAACCCGAAUGCAUUGUGGGAGAAAUACAAGGACGAGAUGAUUGAUGACAUUUUGCACAGAGUUCAAGCACUAGUUCUGAUCGAUUACAUGUGCGUGCUCAUGUGUGGCAGUCUGUUGUCAACAUUGGGAAUGCCAGCGCCAAAUCGUUCUACGCACGCUGCAUUCAAUCUUGAAUUACCGCGGGAGAAAAACUAUGAUCGAGAUGAGCAGGCUGAAAGAGUCAGAAAAAAUGUGCCGCUGUUGAAUGCCGAGCAGAAGAAUGUAUACGAUUCGCUGAUGAAGGUUGUUGAUGAUGGAACGGGAGGCAUUUACUUUUUCGAUGCUCCUGGAGGGACAGGCAAAACGUUCGUCAUUUCUUUGAUUCUGGCAAAAAUUCGGUCAAUAUCUCAAAUUGCGUUGGCUGUCGCAUCCUCUUGCAUUGCUGCCACAUUGUUGGAAGGCGGUCGAACUGCACAUUCCGCUUUGAAGCUGCCAAUGAAUCUUCUCACGGUUGACAAGCCUACGUGCACAACGACCAAGAAUUCAGUGACAGCAAAAUUGAUGCGAGAAUGCAAAAUCAUAAUUUGGGAUGAAUGCACGAUGGCACAUAAACUAGCUUUGAAGGCAGUUAACCGAACGAUGAAGUAUUUACGAGGUGAUUCGAGACGAUUUGGUGGGGCAAUGAUAUUGCUUUCCGGAGAUUUCCGUCAAACACUUCCCGCCAUUCCGAAAUCUACUCUUGCCGAUGAAAUUAAUGCAUGCCUGAAAUCGUCGUUUUUGUGGUGGCAUGUCAAGAAGUUGAAAUUCACCACGAACAUGAGAGUUGCGUUGCAAAACGACCCAUCGGCUGCUGAAUUCUCGAGACAACUGCUGGCAGUUGGUAAUGGACAAAUUCCGAUUGAUGUUUUCAUUGGAUUAAUAUCGAUUCCGGCAAAUUUUUGUGAGUUCACAUCGUCGAAGGAGGAACUCAUUACAAAAGUGUUCCCAAGCUUUGAGGUCAAUUAUAACAAUCUUGAUUGGAUGAGUGAACGGGCAAUACUAGCAGCGAGGAAUAAGGACGUCGAUAGCUUGAAUUUUACCAUUCAGAGUGAAAUUGCUGGAGAAUUGCGUUCGUACGAAUCCGUUGACAGCACGACAGACGAAAACGAAGCGGUCAACUAUCUGACAGAAUUUUUGAACUCGCUUGAUGUGCCAGGAACUCCGCCGCAUAAUUUACAGGUAAAAGUAGGAUCGAUCAUUAUUAUGUUGCGGAAUCUAAAUCCUCCUAAAUUGUGCAAUGAUACACGAUUGUCCAUCAAGAAACUGAUGAACAAUGCAUUACAAUCAAAGAUCAUCAAGGGCAAUUUCAAAGGAGAGGAAGUCCUUAUCCCACGAAUUUCGAUCAUUCCAACAGAUAUUCCAUUUCAGUUUAAGCGGAUUCAGUUUCCCGUUCGAUUGGCUUUUGCGACGACAAUCAAUAAAUCGCAAGGGCAAUCGUUGGAAUGCAAACGUAAAAUGAUUACGAACGUACAACUGUUAACGUUUAAUGAACCGCCGAUCAAAAAGAGGAAAACAGGAGAUAAUCAACUUACUCAAAUUUUGAAAUCUAACUGCAAACUUAAAAUGAUUACGAACGUACAACUGUUAACGUGUGAUGAACCACCGAUCAAAAAGAGGAAAACAGGAGAUAAUCAACUUACUCAAAUUUUGAAAUCUAAUCGCAAACGUAAAAUGAUUACGAACGUACAACUGUCAACGUCUGAUGAACCGCCGCUCAAAAAAAGGAAAACAGGAGAUGAUCAACUUAAAUUGAAACCUCGUGUUAUAAUAAUAGAAGAGGAUGAUUCUUAUAAUGUAGAUACUGAUUUGGCAUAA